UGCUGCUGCCGACUUGGAGUCAGGGCCAGACUCUGCACCGGACCUCGUCAGCGACGAAGAGGAGGGAGAGGACGAAGGGGACGUGAGGCUGCCCAGGGAGGCUGUGGGGGGCCCGCUGGGGCUGCCCUGUCGUGGCCGGCGGGUCUCCUGCCGGGACCUGGGCCGGGUGGACUGUGAUGGCUGGCUCCUGAAGAAGAAGGACCACGUGGCUUUCAUGGCCCAGAAGUGGAAACGGUGCUGGUUUGUGCUGAAGGGCCACACGCUCUACUGGUACCACCACCCCAACGAUGAGAAGGCUGCAGGACUCAUCAACGUGGCCACCUACGACCUGGAGAGCACGAGGGAGCAGAAGAAGAAAUACGUGUUCCAGCUCUCCCACCAGAGGUACAAGCCCUUCAUCUUCGCUGCAGAAACGUUGGCUGAUUUGAGCAUGUGGGUCAGUCGCCUGAUAACAGCCAAAACAAAGCAUGCGCUGGCCAACCAGUCAGUCCCGGACAGGGAGGAAGAUUGUUACAGUGAGACAGAAGCAGAGGACCCCGAUGAGGAGUCCCCCAGGCAUGGAAGUGACUCGGUGAGAUCCUCAUCUCACCUCCUGCCUCAUAGGCUGCAGAACACCCCGGACAAAUCCCAGCUCUUCCCAGCCGGUGGUGAGCCCAGCAGUGCAGCCAGUAGCCCCCAGGGCAGCCCCCGGCCCUGCUCGCCCAUGGAGCCCGGCGGGGAGGAUCUGGAGUGCCUGAUGAGGUGCCUGACGCAGGGGGGGGUGUCCCUCAUCGGGCAGCAGCGGUUCCUGACGCAGGAGCAGUGCCGAAAAUCCUUCAUCCGGCGCAACAGGAACCCCCACAUCAACGAGAAGGUGCACGCCGUGCGGGCCCUGCAGAGCACGCUCAAGGGCAGGGUGGUGGAGCUGCAGGCCCUGGAGCAGCUGCUGGGUGACUCCACGCUCACCUCUGAGAAGUUCACCCGCUGGAAGGAAGAGCACCAGGAGCUGUACCAGGAGCUGCAGGAGUGGUGGGCACGGCGGCAGGGCCAGGACCCCAACGGGGGACAUGAGG